UACUAAUUAUCUAACAUGUUUAAUCAUAGUGAGGAUGAAUGUCAUUCGCCCAAACCCUAUGAGCGCAUCGUUUACACAGGGGAAGGAUGGUUAGCCUCAGCCCAGGCAAUCGUGGCUUCUUUUUGCUUCUCUUUGGCUGGGUUUUGCUUGGAGCACCCUCGUCGCACUCAAUUCUCCACCAUGGCGGACGCCGCGGAAGUUGAGAUUGCCCAACCCAAGAAGAGAACAUUUAAGAAGUUCACCUUCCGAGGAGUCGAUCUCGAUGCGCUCCUUGACACGAGCAUGGAUGAGCUUGUCGAGCUGUUUCACGCUCGUGCACGCCGCAGGUUUCAGCGUGGGUUGAAGCGUAAGCCAAUGGCUCUAAUCAAGAAGCUGCGCAAAGCAAAGCGUGAGGCACCUACCGGUGAAAAGCCCGAGCCUGUGAGGACUCACCUCCGUAACAUGAUCAUUGUCCCGGAGAUGAUUGGUAGCGUCAUUGGUGUGUACAACGGCAAGACCUUUAACCAGGUCGAGAUUAAGCCCGAGAUGAUUGGACACUAUUUGGCUGAAUUUUCCAUUUCGUACAAGCCUGUGAAGCACGGUCGGCCUGGUAUCGGAGCUACCCACUCUUCGCGAUUCAUCCCACUCAAGUAGAUAGACUUGCAGGAAUUUUGUAAACAUGAAUCUUGCUCAAGCAAGACUGUUGGUGUGAAGGAUGGUUCAGAAUGCAUGAUGAUCAUCAUUGAUGUAACUUUCAUUUGGUGUAGAUGGUCUUUCUGGCGCAUCAUUCCUCCAACAAUUGUGUUAAGUCUUCAUCUUCCUUUCAACGGUAACAGUAAUUAUGAGAGUUGUCGCAUAUUCUACUCGCAACUUACGACUGCAUAAUAGCUAUUUCUCAUCAACUAUAGCUAUAUACCUGUUUUAUGUAACAAUCACGUGUACUCGCGCAAUUCAAGUUGGAGUAUUAUUAA